GAUACUCUCGGGUGUUUUUACUAUUCGAAACCAAAACCGAAAGUAGAGCUCCGAAUAUCAAAAUGGCAGCCUCCAUGGCAAACAACGUGGAAAUUAGACAGAUCGACUUGAGUAAAGGUAAAGGCCUGUUUGCUGCUAAAGACUUCAAGAAAGGAGAUGUACUAUUUGAAGAAAGACCCAUUGUAUCUUCUCAGUUUCUCUGGAAUGAAUUUUACAAGUAUACAGCCUGUGAAUACUGUUUAAAGUCUUUAGAGACAGCAGAGAAACAGUGUCAACGUUUGACAGAAAACCCAAGUGUCACUUUGCCGUACCCGGAGUGUUGUGAGGCCAAGCUGGACCAGUACGUCUGGUGUCCGCAAUGCCAGGUAGUGUACUGCUGUGAGGGAUGUCGCACUGCUGCAUGGACCGACUACCACAGGACAUUAUGUAUGGGGCCAUCACGAGAAGAUGGCGACCACCCUCUCGCACGACUUGGAGAGGCAUGGAGAAAUACACACUACCCUCCAGAGACGUCUAGUAUCAUGCUCUUGGCCAAAAUGAUUGCCAUGGUGAAACAGAGUGACGAUAAAUCAUCUGUGAUAUCAACAUUUUCUCAGUUUGUGAAUUUACCUGUAAAUAAAGAGGAGGAGAUCGCUCAUAAGCUUUUGGGGGAAAACUUUAAGCAACCACUUGAACUAUUACGUCAGAUGUUGAUGGAGUCGCUGUUUGAAGAUAAUGUCCAGCAGUGGUACACACCUGAAGGUUUCCGAUCCCUCUUCGCCCUCGUCGGAAUGAAUGGACAAGGAAUUGGCUCCAGUGCAAUAAGUGUAUGGGUUAAGAACUGCGAGAAACUGUCAUUGUCUGAUGAGGAGAAACAGAAAGUUGAUGGCUUUAUAGACCAGAUGUAUGAGGAUCUUGACCGAGUAUCCGGGACGUUUCUGGACUGUGAAGGGUCAGGCCUCUACCGGUUACAGAGUACAUGUAACCACAGCUGUCUUCCAAAUGCUGAAAUUACAUUUCCACAUAACAACCAUUGUCUGGCCUUGGUGGCAACAGAGGACAUUCAACCCGGAGAGGAGAUCUGUAUAUGUUACCUGAGUGAGUGCGACAUCGGACGUAGCAGGCACAGUCGGCAAAAACUUCUCAGAGAAAAUUACCUGUUCCAAUGUGGCUGUGCAAGAUGUCUAGCAGAAGCAGACGACGAAGAUGUUACAUCUGAGGAGGAAGACGAUGAAGAUGAUGAUGAAGAGAUGACAGAAUAGAGGAUUAAGGAGAUGUUGAAGGGGCUAGAGUAUAAUUAUGGAGUACCAGACUUCGAUUCAUUGCCUGUCAAUGAAAGCCUGAAAGACCUUGGGCUCAGUGCAACUGGAGUGAGCUCUUGUUCACUUGAUAGAACACUCCCCUGAACAAACUGAACACUAUUGUUAUCUAAAUCUAAACGGGAAUUGCAUUCAUGGAUGUAUGACUGCAUCAAUGGCACAUGAUGUUGUAAAUACUACAGUCAAACUUCGAUGUUUCGAAGUUCAAGGGACUAACAGAAAAACUUUGAUACAGCGGGACUUCGAAUUAUUCAUGGUUGACAAUAGAUCAAUAUUUU